AUGGGAAGCGCCGAUCCGGUCGAUGAUCGGACCUUCAAUGGUAAUUUCACUGAGGAAGGAGUUGCAAAGUUGAAAGAGAUAGUGAAGGAUAAACUGAAGGAGUACAUGGGUGAUUACACAGAUGACAUUCUCGUGGAAUAUGUGAUAGUCUUGCUUAAAAACGGGAGACGGAAAGAGGAGGCAAAGGAGGAAUUAAUAAUAUUUCUUGGAGACAAUACCGAGUCUUUUGUGGCCUGGUUGUGGGAUCAUCUGGCUGAAAGCAUGGAUGAAUACUUUAGUUCUCACGUUGAGCAAACUACUAUGGUGGUAAGUAGUCAGAAUGAGGAUAAAGGACUUGUGCAAACGGACUCUGAAUCUGAAAAGGGACGAUCUGAUAAAUUACACGGUGGUCGCCGUAGUAGACAAUGGAGAAGCCAGCCAACUAAUGCUUCUGAGAUUCCUCCUCUUCUGAGCUCUGAGGUUCACAAAAUGCAUAACUACGAGAAGAAAGACCACAAAUAUAGGCAUGAUAAGAGGUCUCCAUCUCCGCAGUCUCAAUCUCACAGGAAAAGGGGUAGAACUGGCAACUCCAGGAAUGAACAGAGAGAGGCUAAACCUGAUGUCUCUCGCCGGCUGCUUCAGUCUGCUGUGCGAGAUGCUCUGUCUAUACCAAAGCCGCCUAAUUGUUCGACUGAACCCUCAUUAAAACGCAUUCGUUCAGUGGUGUCUGCAUCUACUCAAGACUCAUCUGAUCCCGACCCAGCUCGGAGAAUUCGAUCUGUUGCAAGGGCUGUGAAUCCCAUGGCCACUGUUAUAAAAGCUGUCACCGAAGCAGCUGAAGAUGCCAAAAAAACAAAAUCUGGGAGAAGUGUCUUUGACAGAAUUAGUCAUUCUACUGGUUUAUCUGAGACCCUAGACCAACAUAUGGUACUUGAUGAAGUUUCUCCUGAGAAUGAAGAAUGUAGGAAUUUGAGCGAAGAUCAGGAACCAGUACAGCAUCAUGACACACACAGUCUUGACAACAAUGGAGUGUAUGUUGAGAACAUGACAACUUUUGACACUGGCUUGCAGCCAAAUAUUCUGUCUGAUCGAAGCAGACUCAGUUCAAGUGCUAAUGUGUCUCACCCAAGUACUUUUGGUGGGAACAGAAUUAACACUCCAAAAAGUCUGCAGCAUCGCCUAGGCGAUGACCCCAAUAGAGUUAAAGGGACCCAAAAUCACCUUACUGAAGUUGCAACCAAUCAUAGGACUGCAAUUUUCUCUGGCAAUGUAGAUACCGGGAAAACAGAGCAGAUGAGAGUACCAGAUGUUGUGGGUCCUCAAAGAUAUAUGGACGGGGGCAGAUUAGUUUCUAGUGAAGCUAUCACACAAUCAUUAACGGAGAAAAUCUCGAGUGAUACAAUGGGGAAUGGAAAUAUAAAUUCUGCUACCAAUGCGAAAGAAGAUUCAACCACCAAGAAAUCUGUUCCUGGGACUUUAUCAACUGUUCGCCCUUUGGAAGAUGCUAGUUCUCGAACAAUCUUCGUCGCCAAUGUUCAUUUUGGUGCCACUAAGGAUAGCCUUUCAAGGCAUUUUAACAAGUUUGGUGAAGUGCUUAAAGCCGUCAUAGUAACAGACCCAGCAACAGGGCAACCAAGUGGAUCAGCAUAUAUCGAGUUCACACGCAAAGAAGCUGCAGAGAGUGCAUUGUCUCUGGACGGUACCUCUUUCAUGUCUCGGAUUCUCAAGAUUGUGAAAGGAAGCAAUGCGCAACAGGAAGCUGCGCCGAGCAUGACAUGGCCUCGAGCUGGAAGGUUCACAAGAGCAUCCUCAUACCGAAGAGCUGGUGGUGCAUUUAGGGGUCGUUCUGUUGUCAGAGGUGGAGCCAGGAGUAUGCAAUGGAAGCGCGAUUCAGCCGAGACUGGAAAUAACAACAACAAUGCUCCCAAUCCUCGUAGCCUGACUUACGUCCGAACAGAAUCGAAAUGA